GAUCGCCAAUAUUUCUCAAUUUUCAUAUUAUUUUACACCAUAUCUAUGCAUAUUUAUUAUAAAUUUUGAUGUUAGUAAAUUGUGUUCUUUCGGAUUUUUGUUUGAAUAGAAUUGAAAAUUUUUGCUUCAAAUUGUUUGUAGUAACUUAGGCUGGCGUUUUCAUUCUUUGGAGAUAGUUGGUUGCAGUAUAUUAAUGAAGUUCAAGUUGAAGUGAAAACAUAAAGAAAGGAGAACAAUGAGCAUAGUGGCUAAAGAGGCAAUAGAGGUAAUUGCGCAGAGUAUCGGAAUCACCAAUUUCUCUCCAGAUGUUGCGCUAGCUCUCGCCCCUGAUGUGGAGUAUCGGGUUCGCGAAAUUAUGCAGGAAGCUAUUAAAUGCAUGCGUCACUCCAGGAGAACAACUUUGACAGCAGAAGAUGUAGAUAGUGCUCUUAAUUUGAGAAAUGUGGAGCCAAUAUAUGGUUUUACCUCUCGUGGUCCUCUGCGAUUCAAGAAAGCUGCUGGGCAUAAGGAUUUGUUCUACAUCAAUGACACGGAUGUGGAAUUCAAAGAUGUGAUUGAGGCGCCAUUGCCAAAAGCACUAUCGAUACAUCAGUUUCUGUCCAUGGCUGAACCUUAUCUACAUCAAUUGAUGCCUUCUAUUAUUACUUGCCUUGUUGCAAAACGACUGGGAAACAGAUUAUCCGACAAUCAUUGGGACCUUAGAGACUUCACAGCUAACAUUGUGUCUUCAAUAUGCAAGAGAUAUGGUCAUGUUUAUCAUAAUUUACAACCACGUGUGACAAGGACACUGCUCCAUGCAUUCUUGGACCCCACAAAGACACUGCCUCAACAUUAUGGUGCAAUUCAAGGGUUGGCUGCUCUUGGUCCCAAUGUGGUUCGUCUUCUUAUACUUCCCAAUCUUGAGCCAUAUUUGCAACUUCUUGAACCUGACAUGGUCCUUGAGAAACAAAAAAAUGAGACGAAGAGAUGUGAAGCUUGGCGUGUUUAUGGGGCCUUGAUGGGUGCUGCUGGUCUAUGCAUGUAUGAUCGGCUUCGGCAUAAAACAUUACGUGGUUUGCUUUCUCCUCCAACGCGUGCUAUCAUGAAGAGCAAAGAAAAAUUUGCAAAUAUGAUGCAAAAUAAACGCAAAGCAGGUAUGGAUAACUUAAUCCAGCAGCCACCACUCAAGAAGAUGGCCACAGACAGCACAAUGGGUGUGAUGCCAGUGAACUCCAUGUUGGUUGACAUUCAUGGGGGAAAAGGUGGAUUUCCCUCUUCUGGGGGUGCUCCUAAUGUAGCUGUAUCUUCAGUAUCUCAGCAACUACCCAAUGAAAACAUGAGCGGAAGGGACACAGGUGCUCGGGUUUCGAGGGCAUCAGCUGUUCUAGCUCAGGCAUGGAAGGAUGACGUUGAUGUAGGAAACCUGUCGGGUUCCUUGUUUGAAUGUUUUGGUGAAAGAAUGUUUAUAUUCACUCCCAAGCCUGAAUUGUCAUUCUUCUUGUAACAUAGCGGGGCAAAAAUAGUGUAAAUGAUGUAUUAAGACCUUUUUAAUGCUUUUUAACCAUUAGUUUUAUCGUUAUGUUAUCUUUGUAUAUUCUGCUUUGCAACAAACAGUAAAAUUAUGUAUUCAAUAUAUGUUACUUCU